CUGGAUAUAUUAUCUCACCCCUUUCCAUCGUUCCCUCCCCUUGUCCUUCCCAAAAUUGGUUUCCUGGUGCAUCGCAUCCCAGUUCCUAGGAUGGAAAGUUUCCUGGGGCAGGUGAGAAGGGGACUCUGCGGUGAUGCACCGAGGUUUAAAUUUGGUUGUCUCCCGUUCCCUUUUUUAGUUCCCCGGAAAUUUCCAAACUGCCGACAAUUAAUGCAAUUCUUUUUCCUAUAAAUACCAAAAAAAAAUCCCCUCUUUCGUCCCUGGGAGAACUCGAUCUAAGAGGAAGCAUAGGCGGCGAGAUCUUUUCGAAGGCGACAUCUGCUUUGUUUUCAGUCUGUUCUCGGCUCCUAAUGGCGGAAUCCGGGAAUCCGUAUUGGUGUCAAGGUGAGAGCAGCGGGAGUGCUGUCGCGAGUACUAGCUAUGCCGUUCCGGGGGCUGCGAUGUUCUGCACUUUGCCUUCGGCAUUGACGCACGACCCAGGCGUGACGGAGUGGUCGAAGGAGGAACAAGCAACCCUCGAAAGAGGUCUCGUCGAAUAUGAUGGCCAUCCACCUCCUCUUCGCUACUUAAAUAUCUCAAAAGACUUGCCAAAUAAAACUGUACGAGAGGUGGCACUCCGAGUUCAAUGGAUGGAAAAGAGAUGUGGAAGGCGCAUGAAGGACCAGGAAGGUAUACAAAUUCCCUCAACAGAAACAAUGGAUAUUACGCAAGAACUUUCCUUGGAUGGUAAUGAGACUGUACUUCCAGGGAAAGAACUUGUACAAAAUGAACAGAUCUUUGCUCAAGUUUCUUCAAAUCAUGCAUCUUUGCAGAUUCAUGAAAAUGUCCAGCUCUUCGCCAUCGCUAGGGACAACAUCAACAAAAAUCUAGACUGGUCAAACAGAGUGUCCAAUUUAUGGGAGCGGAUGGCACCUAUGCCAGUGAUAAAUGAGAACUUGCUCAACUUUAUUCUUAGAAAGUGACCUCUUAUGGUUGGCGUGCUUCGCUUCAGAUACAAGAACUAUUAUUUUUUUUGGAGUUCAAUACUUGUGUGGUAGUUGUCAUGUUAAUUGAGCUUGACUAAAGUGAUUUAUUUGUUUCUUUCGUCACUUCCAUUCAGCCAUCCAUGACUUGUUUGAUUGUCUGAAUAUGACUGAUGAACAGCAAGAAUCUUGGUAUUGAAUAUUUUUAUGAAUAUUUCUAACCUUUAUCUGGCAA